CCAAAAAUAACUAAUUUUGAAACAAUCAUUGAUAAAUAUCCAGACGAUGUGUUUUAUAAUCAUUUUCGAAUGACUAGAAACGCUUGAAAUAUUUAUAACAUGUUGAAGCCAACCUUUAAAAAUUGCUACCUUGGACGAUCGAAAAAUUACAGUUUAAAAUAUGGUUUAUAUAUGACAAUUUGGAAAUUAGCUAACAGAAAUUCAUUUCGCGAAGUUAGUGGCCGAUUUGGAGUAGCGCAUGGCUCUGCAUAUCGAAUUUUUAUAAAAUGUGUCACAUUGAUAGCAAAUUUAAAAAGCAAAGUAAUUAGAUUUCCUCGAACUGCUACUUCACAAAGGAAACUAAUUGAGGAAUUUGAAAAAAUCCGUGGCCGACCAUUCCCGAAUACAAUUGGAUGCAUCGACGGUAUGCAUAUUAGCAUUAAUAAUAGAAAAGGAUUUUACUCAAUCCUUGUCCAAGGAAUAGUGGAUAGCAAAAUAAAGUUUUCUGAUGCUUUCUUGGGCUACCCUGGUAUUAUAUCCAUUCCACCAGAGAAUCAGUUAAUAGGCGAUGGAGCGUAUAGUUUACAAAUGUACAUGAUGACUCCAUUUAAAGAUAACGGGCACUUGACCGAAAAAGAAACAAGAUAUAAUACGGCUUUAAGUUCAAACCGUGUUUUGGUUGAACAGGCUUUUGGUAUUUCGAAAAAAUGGAGAAUGUUACAUCAUCUGAAACUUCAUAAUCUAAGUUUAGCAAAAACCAUAAUAAUGGCAGCUAUUGCUCUUCAAAAUAUUGUAAUUGAUCAUGAAGGAGUUGAUGAAAACGACACAAAUCGAAUCAAUAUUGAAAAUAUUAUUUCUACUACUACAUCGACAAUAAAGUGCCAGUUAUUAAGUUUUUUCCCUAAAAUGCAGCAUGAAAAUGCAAUGUUUUUAAUGAUUUGGUAA